AUGGCCACAGCUUCCUCUGACCUGGCAGACCACCUGUGCUGUUCCAUCUGCACAGACAUCUACACUGAGCCUGUGUCUCUAAGCUAUCAGCACACCUUCUGCAAGAGAUGCCUCCAAGACAGCCUGAAUGCUGGACACCAACUCUGUCAAGUGGGCAGGGCUCUGGUCAGAGACAGAAUCUUCCAGAUCAACAGAAUGAUCAGGAACGUGGCCUACCAGCUGAAACUGGAGGAAGAUGCUAAAAGACAGAGAGUUACAGCCAAGAGAGGAAACAUGUCAUCAACAAAACUGAUUGAAUGUUCAACCAACUGUUUUUCUCCAGAGUCUGUGCAGCUUGUGGAUGGAGAUGGUCUCUGCUCUGGGAGACUGGAGGUGAAGUCCAAUCAGUCCAAUCAGUCCUGGGCCUCAGUGUGUGAAGCUGACUUUGACCAGCAGGAUGCAGAGGUAGUCUGUGGGGAGCUUGGCUGUGGGGCUCCUGCAGCUCUACAGGGGGGGCUCUAUGGAGAAGGUGAGGGUCAGACCUGGGAUAAAGAGUUCCAGUGUAAAGGCAAUGAGUCCCUUCUCCUGGACUGUGACACCUCAGACAGAAAAAACAACACCUGCCUACCUGGUAAUGCUGUUGGACUCACCUGCUCAGAGCCUGAUGAUGUGAGGCUGGUGGGAGGAGGCAGUCGCUGUGCUGGUGGACUGGAGCGGUACGACCAGGGAGAGUGGAGGACUGUGGGAGCUGUAGACAGGAAGAAGGAGGCUGUAGCUGCAGUAGUGUGUAGACAGCUGGGUUGUGGCUCCACUGUUUCAGUACUACCUGGAAACACCACUAGAGGGAUUGGAGUUCGUUGUUCUGGGUUUGAGUCUUCACUGAGGGAGUGUGGGACAUGGUAUUCAACUUAUGAUCUCUUUCUUGGAUUCACAGUGAUCUGCUCAGAUCUCCUGGUCCAGCCUGAUAUCUUCCUGACUGACUCAAUGGGAGGGAUCUCCAGGGGCCACCAGGGGCCCGAAGUGUUUAGGGGCUACAACUUCACUAUCACCUGCUCUACUCAGCCACAGUACCCAGGAGGCUCCUUCCUCCUCACGUUCACCGGCUCCAACAGAACCCAGACCCCAGCCAGCUGUCAAUCACUCUGCUGCCUUCCUCUUCCCUGCUGCAGAUGA